CGACAUCGAGCCAGUCAAGAUGAAGUUGCUGCUUGUUGUUGCUGCUGUUUUGGCUGUGGCCAGCUGUGCCAGCAUCUCUCUGGAAGAUCUGGAGUUUCAUGCCUGGAAACUCAAGUUUGAAAGAUCCUACCACUCUCCAUCAGAGGAGGCUCACAGGAGGCAGAUCUGGCUCAACAACCGCAAAUUUGUGCUUGUACACAACAUCUUGUCAGACCAGGGUUUGAAGUCCUACCGCCUCGGCAUGACCUACUUUGCUGACAUGGAAAAUGAAGAGUACAAACGAGUGAUUUCCCAGGGUUGCCUUCACUCCUUCAAUGCUUCUCUGCCUCGCCGUGGCUCUACCUUCUUCACACUACCUGAAGGUACUGAUCUGCCCGACACUGUUGACUGGAGAGAUAAGGGAUACGUCACUGAUGUCAAGGAUCAGAAGCAGUGUGGCUCCUGCUGGGCCUUCAGUGCAACUGGCUCACUGGAGGGUCAGCACUUCAGGAAAACAGGAAACCUGGUGUCUCUGAGCGAGCAGCAGCUGGUCGACUGCUCGGGAGACUAUGGCAAUGAGGGCUGCGGUGGAGGCUGGAUGGACUACGCCUUCCAGUACAUCCAAGCAAAUGGAGGGAUUGACACUGAGGAGUCCUACCCUUAUGAGGCCGAGGAUGGAAAAUGCCGUUAUAAUCCUGAUAAUAUUGGAGCCACAUCCACUGGCUAUACUGAUGUGAGUCAAGGCGAUGAAGAUGCCCUAAAGGAGGCUGUGGCCACCAUCGGACCAGUUUCUGUAGCCAUUGAUGCUUCUGCAAUGUCAUUCCAAUUCUACGAAUCAGGAGUGUAUAAUGAGCCCCAGUGCAGCAGCUUACAGUUGGACCAUGGUGUGCUGGCUGUGGGUUAUGGUACUGAGGACGGAAAUGACUACUGGCUGGUCAAGAACAGCUGGGGUCUUGGAUGGGGAGACAAGGGAUACAUAAAGAUGAGCAGGAACAAAUCCAACCAGUGUGGGAUUGCUACUGCAGCAAGCUACCCUCUGGUCUGAAGAGGUUUCCUCAGUGAGGCGGAGAUCAGUGGCAUGUAAUCAACAUUAAUUUUAUUUUUAUUAUUUCAUUUUUUUUUCAGGCUAAAGAGU